AAAAUUACUGUAAAGUGUAAAUCAUCUCAAUGUUCGUCAAGUUCUGGCAAGUGGCAACCUCCUGAAGUAUUUGCUACUGUAUCUUGGAUACUUACAUGCGGUAACAUGCCGCUGCGAACUGCAUUUUGCUGCAGUUAAGCGAAAAGUGGACUGACUCUUCAUCUUGAUUCACACACUCCACAGUGACGACUGACUGCACACAGGCAAUAUUGGAGCAUCUGUAACUUUGCAACUUUUGUUCGUUGAGAACUGAACCGUGCUGCGGUUGAUUACAUGUUCUGAUAAGUUUGCACCGAAGCUUUGUAAACUGGUGGAGAGCGUGGAUUAGUACAAAAACUGAAUUUCGGUGUGAAUAGAAUGGAUUCUGGUGGCGGCGGAGAGGAUGGCGUUCUAGGAUCACAAUCCGGACUAAGCGAUGGCCCGGUUAUUGGAAAAGACUAUUUUUUCAUUACGGCGCAGCCGGAAGCGGCUCCAGACAAACUUUCCUCCGUGGAAUGCUGGUGCAUUGGAUCUGAUUUUGCUCAGCUGGCGCGUGUAUUUCGCAAUAGCAUAGUUGCACCGGGAACUCUGACGGUUAUCGCAGAUUCGUAUAUCGCCGGAGGUGCGGUUCGAAAGCCAUGGAUAAGCGUGUGGCCGCUGAACCAACCGACCCCGCUGCAGCCGCCUCUCCUGACGCCUCUUCCGGUGACAAAGAUCGCUGUCAGUCCAGACGGAGAAUAUUUGGUUGUUGCAAUGGGUAACAAAUUGCACGUUUAUCGCCUCUCUACUGGAGAUUUCUUGGGUGUGUUGGCUCGUCAUUACCAGCCUAUCACAGCCUUGGCAUUUACAUCUUCAGGGCGACACUUUGCCAGUGCCGGUCAGGAUGGCAUCAUCUUCAUUUGGAAAACAUUUGAAGUUGUUAACGCCACCCGCGACCGUCUUCCAAAUCCACAGAUGGUGUCCUGCCAAAACUGGAUCGAAGACCUUAUAUUUGCUGGAUCGGACGCCGUUUGCGUGUACUUAAUAUCUGUUGGGAGAGAUAGUGUUUGUCGAGUUAUUGAUCCAAUAUUUACUUUUGCGAUUUUGGGAACUUUUGUCUUUCGACGGUCCCUUCUCACCGUGACUGCUGACAGUUCUGUGACAUCGGCUGCUUUAUCUGACGAUUCUGGUGAUAUCUAUCGAUUGCCUUUAAUAACAGAGGAUAGUAGAUCAAACCAUGCAGGAUUAAUUUCUGAGACUGACUGGAACCAAAGAUAUCGUUUUUCCGGGCAUAGAAUGCCUGUUCGAUGCUUGCAGUUCAGCACAGACGGUAGUUUGCUUAUAUCUGGUUCAGAUGACAGUACCGUAAGGAUAUGGCAAGUGGAAAGCAGGAUCUGUGUUCGAGUUCUGCAAUUUAAAGGUCCCGUGAAAAAUUUGGUGCGGUGUCGGCAUCCAGAGGUGAUGUUCGCUAAGCGCAGUCUCAGCUCAGCCAGACCUUUGGUGCCGUUAAAAAAACAGCUGCAUUCUGAACUGAUUUCUCCGGAUGACGACCAGUCUUUUGACUUUCAUAUUCCACCACGCAGUUUGCUCAAAAACAUUAAUCCGGUGACAUCUCCCCCAACCAAUAUGCCUUUUGAUGAGUCAGCCAGUAAAGGCGAUCCGGAUACUCACAAUCAGCAAAAAGCCAAUAGUUUGCUGCUGGAACAGCUUCAUGAAAAAGAACAGGAAAUAGAAAAACUAAAAAGCAUCAACGAAGAGCUGUACGAGUUUGCCAGGGAUACCGUUUUUAACACCUAUGAUAAUUCGUGACGAUCAUAGCGGUUUUGACGGCUGAGAAAAUAAACCAUUUGUAACAAAAACCGUGAUCAUUCGAUCGUCAUGGUAUUGUGGUGGCGCUUAUCACUCCCACGAAUUUUGGCUGCAAACACAAGCGAUUUCUUAUCGAGUGAUUCAUUUUUCAUUUCUUGAUUUUCAGUUUGGAAAAAAAGUUUAUACAUCGAGUCAGAUGUUGCAUCAGUUUUU